AUGGUGUCCUGGUGGAAAAAAUCUGCCCGACUCCUCGUUGCGGGCGCUGCAUACCCAGCCGUGUUUCUGCUUUCGGUUGUCAUCCAGUUCGCCCAAACUGCGGUACCUCCUGGGAUCGACCAGCCCAUGAAACUCCGCUUCUGCCAGACUCUCUUAAUCUCGGGAUUAAUUUUGGGAAUCAUUUUAGAGGAGCUGGGCUUGUACACCUUGCCUGAACUCUUACGGAUCUUGACUAAUGGAAUUCCCCCGUCUAGGGAUCCGUCACUUGUCAUUCAGAACCAGAAAUUUGACGGGGUGCCAGUGAGGAUCUACUGGUCCAAAACAGCACCAACUACGCAAAGAAAAGCCAUAGUUUACUUCCAUGGAGGAGCUGGCAUUUUAGGAAGCAUCGAUGCCUACGAAAGAAUCCUGCGCCACAUUGCCAAGGAAGGGGAUUCCGUUGUCGUUGCGGUUGGGUACGGACUUGGGCCAGAGAACCCUUUCCCAAACCAGUAUGCCGAAUGUCUGAAGGCUACGGUCUACCUCAUGAAACACGCAGGAGAUUACGGCGUAGACAGGUCCCGUAUUGUCAUUUCUGGAGACAGCUGUGGGGCUAACUUUGCCACGCGGGUUUGCCAGUUACUGGUCAACCGGAGUGACCUCCCCAAGGUCCAUGCCCAAGUGUUGAUCUACCCAGGUCUGCAGGCCAUGGACCUCUCCUUGCCGUCCUACCAGCAGAAUCGCAGAUCUCCCCUCCUAUGGCGCAGGCUGGUCGCCUACUUUUGCUGCCGCUACCUUAACAAGCCAACUUCCUUCAUCGACGGCAUUCUGGAGGGCAGCCAUGUUCCCAAGGCCACCAGGCUGAAGUACCAGAAGUGGGUGAGUGCCAGCAACAUCCCCGACCAGUUCAAAGCGAGAGGCUACAAACCACAAGACCCCUCCUUGUGUAACUUUAACCCUCAGCUGUACGAAGGUGUAAAAGAAGCCCUCACCGAGACCUUUUCACCCCUGUUUGCCGAAGACGCUAUUGUCUGCAAGCUGCCUCAGACGUUCCUUUUGACCUGCGAGUUCGACAUCCUUCGGGACGACGGGCUGCUUUACUUGAAACGGCUGAGGGACAACCACGUGCCAGUAACCUGGAGCCACGUAGAAAACGGCGUCCACGGCAUAGCCAUCGCUUUUGGCUAUUGCUUGCUGUCCUUCCCUUCGGCCAGAAGAGUUGUGCAUGACGUCUGCAAUUUUAUCAGACGCUUGUGAGGCCAACAUGAACCCACGAGGGGGGCAUAACCUUUUCAUUUUCCUUCUGAAAUGCAGAGAAUUAAGUAGCCCAGGCUUGUGCUCCCCUUAAGAAAAACCAGGUACGUUUCGGUCAAUGAACGCCGAGGCCUGGUCUUCCCCAUCCUAAUGCCGCUCUUAAG